GUCCUUCCUCUCCUGUCACCUCUUCCCCGGCUCAUCGCCGCCGGCGUGGUCUCCGUCAAGCCUCCACUCCUUCCUCUUCCGCCGUAACCCCACCUCCAAAUCCUUCUCGUUUUGCCAAUUCGGCAACUACCCCAACUCCAUCCCGGUCCAUUAAAGUGGAGUUGGGAGUUGUAACUACCCCAACGCCAUAGCAAGAACUUGGGCUUUCAGUGAUGGUGGAGACAGACCACUUCAGUACUCACCUGGCUCCUACAACGAGCUGAUGUUCCAGGGAUUGGAUUUUGUAGUAUCUGAAGCUAAGAGGUAUGGGAUCAAGCUAGUUUUAAGCUUUGCGAAUAACUAUGAUCAAUUUGGAGGGAAGAAACAGUAUGUGAACUGGGCAAGAAAUCAAGGGCAAUCCAUCGGUCCUGCUGAUGAUUUCUUUACGAACUCUGUUGUUAAGGAAUACUACAAGAACCAUAUCAAUACUGUUCUUAUAAGACGAAACACCCUGACUGGAGUGGCUUACAAAGAUGAACCAACUAUAAUGGCGUGGGAGCUUAUGAAUGAGCCCAGGUGCCUCUCGGAUCCAUCAGGAAACACCAUGCAGGUCAGCUGUAUAUCAUCAUCAAGCUGUUUUGCUUCACUGUUACUCUGUUUUGGUUUCAAUUUUCAGAAAAUUUAUUUGUUUUCUAGUUUUUUUUCUCUGUUGAAUUUAAUGCCAAUGGUUCCAGUCGGUGCUUUUUGCGGACUCAUGCAUGAUCCAUUAUAGCUCAUUAACUCUGGU